GAUUUACAGGGUGCAUCUUAGAAUCUAAAGACAGCAGAAUUUAAUAGCCAUUGAAAAUUGCAAUGCCUGCCGCUCGUACAGGGAGUCGCGUUUCGGCGAAAUCCCAAAAGGUGAAGGGGGAUUCGAAAUCUCUAAAGAGGAAACGAGAUCAAGAAGAUCUUCAAAAACUACAAAAUGAUGUAGACGAAUUCGACCCCAAACCCGAAAACACAUCCAAAUUCUCGACCCUGCCCAUAUCGAAACCGACUGCCUCCGGAUUAGAGGCCUCACACUUCCAAAACCUGACCGAUGUCCAAGCGCGAGCCAUCCCCCUCGGUCUGAAAGGCCGCGAUAUCCUCGGCGCCGCAAAAACUGGUUCUGGAAAAACCCUCGCUUUCCUUGUUCCCGUUCUCGAGAAACUGUACCGUGCGCAAUGGACAGAAUACGAUGGGUUAGGUGCCUUGAUAAUCUCACCGACGCGCGAACUCGCCGUGCAGAUUUUCGAAGUGUUGCGCAAGAUCGGGAGAUACCAUACCUUUUCCGCUGGUCUGGUAAUCGGAGGCAAGAGUCUACGCGAGGAAGCAGAACGGUUGGGUCGGAUGAAUAUUCUAGUAUGCACACCAGGUCGCAUGCUCCAACACCUCGAUCAGACCGCCGGAUUCGACGUCGACAAUUUACAAAUCCUAGUGCUAGACGAGGCGGAUCGGAUAAUGGACAUGGGAUUUCAAUCAGCCGUGGAUGGGCUUGUAGAACAUUUACCUAAAUCGCGACAGACUAUGUUGUUCAGUGCUACCCAAAGCAAGAAGGUUUCCGACUUAGCUAGAUUGAGCUUGAAGGAACCCGAAUAUGUAGCCGUUCACGAAGCUGCUGCCGCGGCGACACCGACGACGUUAACACAGCAUUACCUGGUUACACCUUUGGCGGACAAAAUGGAAACUCUAUACGGAUUCAUCAAGGCUAAUCUCAAGAGCAAAAUGAUCGUAUUUUUAUCAUCGGGAAAGCAGGUUCGCUUCGUGUACGAGAGCUUUCGCCAUUUACAACCCGGUAUUCCGCUAUUACAUCUACACGGCAGACAAAAGCAAGUGGCUCGAUUGGAAAUUACUUCAAGAUUCUCUGCGGCUAAAAAUUCGUGUCUAUUUGCGACGGAUGUAGUGGCGCGUGGUGUAGACUUUCCUGCUGUUGACUGGGUGGUGCAAAUGGAUUGCCCUGAGGAUACCGAUACAUACAUCCACCGAGUUGGGCGAACGGCGCGUUACGAAAGAAACGGAAAAGCAGUAUUAUUUCUAGAUCCGAGUGAGGAGCAAGGCAUGCUCAAGCGACUUGAACAACGCAAAGUGCCGAUAUAUAAGGUCAAUGUGCGAGAAAAGAAGAAAUUGAGUAUCCAGAAUUCAAUCCAGGAUAUGUGCUUCAAAAAUCCGGACCUGAAAUAUCUCGGCCAAAAAGCUUUCGUCAGUUAUACACGAUCUAUUCACUUACAAAAGGACAAGGAGAUUUUUAAUUUGAAAAAGUUGGAUCUGGAUGCAUAUGCCGCUAGCUUGGGUCUACCAGGAACGCCGCAAAUCAAAUUCCAGAAGGGUGAAGAUAUCAAGAAAUUGAAGAAUGCGCCUCGCGCGGGGCUGUCCAGCGACUCCGAGUCCGAGUUUGAGGAAGACAAGAAAAAACGAAAGAAGGGCGAGGUCCGAACAAAAUACGAUCGCAUGUUUGAACGAACAAACCAAGACGUUUUAACCAGCCAUUAUAAUAAAUUGAUCGGUGAUGAGGGACAGGCUGCGAACGAUGACGACGAUGACGACCAAGACUUCCUCUCAGUGAAGCGCGUCCUUCGUGGCGAUGAUCUGGAUGGUGAGACAAGCGACGGCCCAGCUCCCGGGACUAAGAUUAUUGAAGGGCUUGGUGGCGAAGAACCAUUUGUCGUGGAUUCUAAACGAAGGGAAAAGAUGCUCAAAUCCAAGAAGAAAAUGCUCAAAUUUAAGGGCAAGGGAGAUAAGGUGGUGUUUGACGAUGAAGGGGUGGCGCAUCAUCCCUACAAAAUACAGGGCGAGGAAGAUUUCAUCCAGGACGGCUCUGCGGAGGCUCAACGACAGAAAUUCGUUGAAAGCGAAGCAGUCAAGGUCAAGGAGGCCGAUAUCGAUGACAAACAACUCGCCAAGGAUAAGCGUCGGGAGAAGAAAGAGAAGCGGAAAGCCCGAGAAGCGAUGGGAAGUGAAGAUGCUAUGGAUGGUAUGCCCAGACUCUCAGGAGCCGAUGACGGGGAAGAUCCGCUUGCUCUCCUAGCAUCGUUGCCAAUGCCAGGUGAAGACAGUGGUAGCGAAGCAGAAGAAGAGAGGCGUCCAAAGAAGAAAGCGAAGAAAUGGUUCCAAGAUGAUUCAGAUGACGAAAGACAGAAGGUUAAGAGUAAGAAGGGCAAAGGAAAAGUUAUCGAGGUUGCUGAAGCACCAAAUACCCUAGAAGAUUACGAGGCAUUGGCAGCUGGCCUACUCGAGGAUUGAUCCAUUCCGGCUUCUUUUCAUUGUAUACCAUAGAAUCUUGGAGUUAUUCAAUGAUACCAUCCGUAUGAGAAUUGAGAAUUCACCAGAAGUGGACCAACAACAAUAACUAUAUCUAACACAUGUGUACCUG